AUGCUGCAUUUAUACACCAAUCCAUUAGUGACCGAACUAGCGGCGUUCAACAUGCUCCUUUACUGCUUUGUCUACACGCCACUCAAGCGACUUAGCCAAAUAAAUACCUGGAUUGGUGCUUUUGUCGGCGCUAUUCCUCCAUUGAUGGGCUGGGCAGCUGUUACAGAAAGUUUGCAGCCAGGUAUAUUAGCAUGCAUAUAUAUGUAUAUAUAUAUAUGUUGUCAACACUACCACUUUUUAUCUCACAUCUGUUGGGCUUCCUUUAAGCGCAUAGAAGGGUUUUACGUUUGGAGUAUGUAUAUGCAAUAUAAAUUGUUUCUCAAGGAUACGUCUAGUGGUUAUACAUAUCGCUGUGCGAUCAUAAACUCUUGA